CUGCAUUUAGGGAGCGAUACAUUCAUGUGUCAUAGCUCCUCCUGGCCAAUUGUAUGCAUUUUGUUUCGUACUUUACUAGUUUCCUGCUGCUAGAGAGAACAGAGAAGUGUCAAGCCUGAUUUCAUUUUCAGCUGCUGCGGUGGAAUUAACGUGUGCUAAAGUUCUUCAGCCAUUCCAUUUACUGAGAUUAACUGAAGCUGGAAAAGACAAAGGAUCAGCAUUUUUUUAAAGGGAUUUGCAACGUGCUUCAGCUGCAAAGUGAUGAAGACGCUACGGAAUGCAGGUGUUUCAUUCUCAUUUUCCUUGUCCGCAACACUAUGCUUAUUACACUGGACAGCAGCCCUAGACAUACCACUUGAGGCCUUAGGUCAUACAAACAUUGAACAACUUCCAACGAUCACAGAGCAGUCACCGACCUCUCAAGUAGCGUUUCCCUUUGAUGAAAAGUUUACAAUUAAAUGCGAAGCAAAAGGGAAUCCGCACCCAGAAUUUAAAUGGACUAAGGACGGUCAACCUUUCGAUCCCUCAGAUGACCCAAGGGUGACUAUAGUUGAAAAUUCAGGAACAUUUAUAAUCGGAAACAAUGGAAACAUAUCAGAGUUCCAGGGUGUUUAUCGCUGUUCAGCCACGAACAAACUGGGAACAGCCAUUUCAGAAGAGAUUGAAAUCAUAAUACCAACCAUCCCAAAGUUUCCUAAAGAAAAAAAUCCUCCAAUAACAGUUGAAGAAGGAAAUGCUGUUGUUCUGCAGUGCAACCCUCCUAAAGGAAUCCCUCCCUUAAAAAUACACUGGAUGACAAUUGGUCUGCAGCAUAUUGAUCAAGAUGAAAGGGUUUCUGUGGGGCUCAAUGGAGAUCUGUAUUUCUCGAAUGUCCUGGAAAAGGACAGUCGGAGAGACUAUUGCUGUUUUGCAGCUUUUCCACGAAUCCGAACUAUUGUGCAGAAGACACCAAUGACCUUGAUUGUCAAUAGAAUUCAAUCUUUCAGUGACACAGAAUCAUCUGUUACCUCUGGGGCAAACUCUAUUCUGCAGAGAAGACCCAAGCUUCUGACACCCUCUGGUGGUCAUUCUACAAUAAGCAUUGUGAAAGGAGACACACUUCAGCUGGAGUGCAUUGCAGAAGGACUCCCAACUCCUAAAAUCGAAUGGACCCGGCUGGAUGGAGACCUUCCAAAAAGAGCUGCGUUUCAAAACCUGGGAAAACUACUUGAAAUACCUGAAGUCACAGAAGCUGAAAAUGGCUUAUAUCAGUGCAACGCUGCCAAUGCUUUGGGGAAGGUACCACAUAACUUCCAAGUUACAGUUGAAGAGCCUCCUCGAUGGUUAUCUAAGCCUGAAAGUAUGAUAUAUACAAUUGGAUCAGAUGUUACAUUAGAUUGCAAAGCUGCUGGCAAGCCAGAGCCAACAAUACAAUGGAAAGUUAAUGGAGUGCCUCUCAGAAAUAUGCCGGUCUCCACUGACAAUCAAAUUGUGCGCAGGGAUGUAAAAAUAAAUGACAGCGCAGUUUAUCAGUGUGAAGCUUCCAACAAGCGUGGCACUAUUCUUGCCAGUGCUAACAUCCUGGUAAUGAAUCUUCCUCCAAUGUUACUUACUGAUAAUAAUCUGGAAUAUGCAACAGUGGAAGGGAAAGAUGUUCUCCUGGACUGCAAAGUGUUUGGAUCACCACACCCUGUAGUUGAAUGGGACAGAGAAGACUCAGCCUCCCCUGUUCAAGGUCCAAAGUAUUCAAUAUAUGAAAAUGGUUCCUUGAACAUAAAGAAUACUGUAAAGGAAGAUUCUGGGCUGUAUACCUGUUUGACUGGAAACACAGAAGGAAAAGCUGCAAUCACUGCCAUAUUAGAUAUAAGAGAUGCUACACAAAUUGUGGAACCUCCAGAAAAUAUAAAGGUUCUAAGGGGAAGCACAGCUCAAUUCACAUGUGGAGCAAAGUAUGACUCUGCUUCUGCAAAUGACUUCCAGGUUUCAUGGAAUAAAGAUAACAAGGACAUAACUUUUAUCCACACAGACAAGAGCAGAUUUUAUGUUGAAGAUGGUGUGUUGCAAAUAAUCAAUGUGAGUACUGAGGAUGAAGGAAAUUACACUUGUGUAGCUAGCACUGCCUUAGACCAAGCCCAGGAAACAGCAGUGCUUAUUGUCUUGGAUGUGCCUGACCCACCCGAAGACCUGAAACUCUCUGAACCUAAAAACACAAGUGUGAGACUGAACUGGACCCCUGGGAACAGUCAUAACAAGCCAAUAAUUGAGUUUAUUGUUGAAUAUGAAGAAUCCAGAUGGAAGCCAAGGGAUUGGCAUGAAUUGGUCAGAGUUCCUGGGAAUCACACUUCAGCACUUCUGAAGCUACAUGGCCAUGUAAACUACCAGUUCCGUGUCUCAGCAGUUAAUGAAAUUGGAAGAAGCCAACCCAGUGACCCUUCAGACAGAUACAAAACUCUACCCAGAGCGCCAGAAAACAAUCCAGGUGGUAUAGUAAUGGAAGGAAAUUUGCCUAAUGAAAUUCAUAUUAAAUGGGAGCCUCUGAAGCCCAUUGAACAGAAUGGUCCUGGACUGGAGUACAAAGUAAGCUGGAGACGAAAAGGAGUUGAGGAUAACUGGAAUGAAGAAAUAGUAAAAAGGCAUUCCUUCUUUAUACGUAACACUCCGACAUUUGAACCAUACGAGAUUCAAAUCCAAGCGGUAAAUCAUCUUGGCUUUGGUCCUAGGCCAAAAGUGGUGACUGGAUAUUCAGGAGAGGAUUUCCCAGAAUCUGCUCCUCAAAAUGUAGCUGUGGAGAUCAUCAACAGCACAGUAAUCAAGGUCAACUGGUUAAGAGUUCCACAGGAGAAUAUCCGUGGCCAUCUUGGGGGAUAUAGGGUUCACUGGUGGAAGGUGAGAAGCUUGCUGGAGGUGAAGAGAGGGCAUAGCGAAAAACAUUCUUUGAUAUUCCCUGGGGACAGAAACCAUGGAAUGGUGCCAGGACUGAAACCUUUCUCUGAAUACAGUCUAAUCGUUAUGGCUUUUAAUGGGAGAGGAAAUGGACCAGCAAGUGAGCCCUUCACAUUUAAAACCCCAGAAGGAGUUCCAGAACAUCCUGCUUUAUUGAGAGUUGCAAGUUUCAAUAAGGAUUCAAUAACUCUGUUAUGGGUACCACCACUGGAACCAAAUGGCAUCCUCACAGGACACAUAUUGCAAUACCAACUAAUUAAUGACAUGGAAGAGCUAGGCAACCUGCACAAUAUCACCAUCUCAGACCUCACAGUGACCAGGUGGAAGGUUGGGGGCUUGGAGACGAACAGCAAGUACAAGUUCUAUAUGAGUGCCUGUACCAGGGUGGGCUGUGGAAAACCAAUUACAGAAGAAGGGAUAACCACCAUGGAAGGAGAUUUUACUUCAUCUGCAGCGGCGACAGGUGAUACAAACUUCAGGCACAUCACCACUCUUUCAAUUCCAACUACCACUCUUUCCCCAGUUGCCAAUGUCUCUCUGUCUUCCAUAGAACCAACCUUACUGAACAUUAGUUCUUCUGUCAGUGACACCAAAGCUAACAUUAGCUGGAUUACUGGAAUGGCACAAAAGGAAUCUGAGUUUUUCAUUGCAUAUAUGAAUAACCGUAAAGGUAACUGGAAGAUUUCAGAAGCAGUAAAUAUUUCACAAAAUUUCCACAUCAUUGAGGGGCUUGAUCCUGGAUCUGAAUAUACAAUCCGUCUUAUGACUAAGAACUGGGUUGAUAAUACUAGUAUUUUUGAAGAUGUGGUCGAGACCAGGGGGAAAGCUUAUGCAGGUAUUUAUGAUGGGAUUUCCACACAAGGAUGGUUCAUUGGCGUGAUGUGUGCUGUAGCUCUUCUUACCCUAACUAUGCUCAUUGCCUGCUUUGUACAGAGGAAUAAAGGCGGGAAAUAUUCAGUGAAAGAAAAAGAAGAUUUACAUCCAGACUUAGAAUCCCAAGGAAUUAACGAUGAUACUUUCUGUGAAUACAGUGACAAUGAUGAAAAACCACUAAAGGGAAGCCUUCAGUCGCUGGAUGGAGAAAUAAAAGCUGCAGAGAGUGGUGACAGUCUUGCUGGUUAUGGAGACGGAGAGCAUGACCAGUUCAAUGAAGACGGCUCUUUUAUUGGAGAGUAUGCUGCACACACGAACAAAGGGCCAGUGGGGGUGAAUGGAAACUCAAAAGGAUUACAUCAAGUUACUGCAUAAGGAAAUGGACACAACAAUUAUUUUGUGUCACAACUGUAGACAAUACAGUAUAGUGAACGGGAGGGUAAAACAUAUUCUCUGAAGCACAAUUUCGAAUGAGAAAUCUUGAAUAGUACUAUUGUAUGUCACACUGCCAUUUCAAGUUCACUGGAUGGCAAGUGCCUGCAUACUGUAUGAGACUUGGCAUAAUUGUUUUCAAAUUUAUACAUUUGUGGUUCGUUUUCUACAUUGUCUGAUGAAAUAUAAAGUACUUUGCUUCCACUGUUUUUGAAAACGCAACACUUCAUAUUUUGAUCUUAAAAGAAACUGUGCUAUCUUCUGUCAGUUGACAUAUGACUAAAGUGAGAAAUGCAUGUGUAACCUUCUACUGUCAAUGUUAUAUGUAGCUGAAUAUUUUAUGAAGCUCUACAUGUAUAAUCCAAUGCCUAUACAUAGCAGUUACAUGUGCAUCACUAGAUAUGAAGACAAUAUUGAUCACUUGCAGCAGAAAUGUAAUAUUAUGUAAAAGAACCCUGAUUAGAUAAAGAAAUGUGUUAUUGGCAAUUGUGUGUACGAUACAUACUACUGUAACUCAUGCACUGUAGUAAAAAACUAAAAGAAAAAUUAAAAGAACCCCUUAAAUCUGAGACUUAAACAUGCAUGCCAGUAGUUCAGAAAUGAAGUCUAGAUUUCAUGUUUUGAUUGAAAAAGUAAUUUCAUAUUAACUAUUUAAAGUUACAAGUGUUUAGACUUUAGAAGCUACUCAAAUGUAUUAGUGUCAAAAGGCAGAUAAUAUUUAUUUGAACCCUAACAGUAUGUUUAAAAAAAAAAAAAAGAAAAAGAAAAAAAAGAAAAUCAAAAUAUAUAUGGUAACUUUUGUGAAAUUCAGGGGUCGGGAACCAGGGCUUUGUAAUUUCCUAAUUAUCGUCAUUGACUCCCGAUUUAAACCAAUCCCAGCUCAGCUCUUUCUUCUGCUUUAAUUUUUCCCUCCUCCUCCUCACUUUUUUCAUAUGCCUCUGUGUUGCUCCCCUCUAGGGGGAUAGUGAUUCUCACUCCCCUGACCUAGCGUUCCCAUAACUUCACAGGUUCAUCGUGCAGUCAGAAGGGACCACACUAUUCUUUCACAGCUCAUGUGCUUUCUCUGGCCUCAUGAAAGAAGGCUCGGUCUUACUUCCUUCUUUAUCCUCCUGGGACAUGGUUCUCAUACUCUUAGUGCUCGAGUCCCAUAACUAACAAUUAUUUGUGUUCUUUCAUAUUCUCUUUUCUUCUUUAUGUCAAGGCUUCGUAUGAGCCGUUCCGUCCUCUGAGAGUCGAACCCGGUCGCUAACUGGGACCCAGAUCGCGAGGCCGGGCCUAUAAUGACUCUCCGAGAAGGUCUGAGGACUCUGUUUUCAGGGGCUCUGAGGCCGAUAUGGAAUCGAGGCUGGCCAUAGGGAGGGCUCUCUCGAUUGGAGUCUGCCCGUCCUUUUCUCUCUCUCUGUCUCUCCCCUGCUCUAGAGGCCGAAUCCUAAGUUGCAAAACACUCCCUCACAGCCCUGGUUCCCAUCCUUUGGAAAAAAAAAAAGUGUAUAUAUGUGUGUGUGUGUGUGUGUGUUUGUGUGUA